AAACUACAAAUACGCAAACCAGAGAACAUAGAUCAAAAUAUGGCUCCGCAUGUAAGUGUUUAUAAUUAUCCAAACGGGGAGGAGGUACAAUUGCAAGGUACAGAAAAUGAGCUGACGCCUUCUUCAAUAGGAGGAUCGGAUUAUUUAUGGGAUGCCGCCAACUUGGGGAUAGUAAUUCUGGAACAUAUAUGUGUACUAGCUGCUCCAUUCCAUUUUACUUGGGAUGCAUUUUGGGUUUUUGUGGUAUUGAUCAUCUUAUGUGGACCUAUAGGGGUUGGUCUUUGUUACCAUAGAAGCCUUUGUCACAAAAGUUUGAAGCUCAGUAAAUCAGUUGAAUAUUUGUUUGCUUAUUUCGGACUUCAUGCUGGACAGGGAGACCCAAUAUAUUGGGUAAGCGUUCAUCGGUUUCACCAUCAGUUCGUGGAUACCCUCAAAGACCCACAUAGCCCAAUCGAAGGAUUUUGGUUCAGCUACAUAAAUUGGAUUUUUCAACACACCUACCUAAGGGAAAAGUGCGGAAGACGAAACAAUGUCAUGGAUUUAAAAAAACAAGCUUACUACAGGUUUCUUCAGAAAACAAUAUCCUUUCACUAUGUUGGACUUGGACUGCUGUUGUACGUUGCAGGAGGCUUGCCCCACUUUAUUUGGGGAAUGGGUGUUAGAAUAGCAUAUUCACACCAUGGCACUUUCGUCAUCAAUUCAGUAUGCCAUAUAUGGGGUAAAAGGCCAUACAACACCAAAGAUUUAUCCACAAACAAUUGGGUGAUGAACAUAAUAAACUUAAGUGGAGAAGGAUGGCACAACAAUCAUCACGCUUUUGAAUUUUCGGCUCGUUUAGGUCUUGAAUGGUGGCAGCUCGACUUUCCUUGGUACGUUAUAAAGCUACUUGAGAGCCUUGGGUUAGCAACAGACGUCAAAGUCUCUACGGAAAUCCAGAAACUAGAAAUGUCUUUUAAAAAUCAAUAACUGAAUUCCAUCCUCUGGUUUACGAAGUACUACUUGAUAUGUGUAUGGAUAUCGUUAAUAAAUGACUUGGCUUGCACUACUGCCAUGUCAGUUUUCUCCGUGUAUUGUUUCCUAAGCUAUGUUUCAAUAUUUCAUAUCUAUAAUAAUUAGUUGAGCACCUAUCUAGAUAUUCGCACAAAAUAUGUAUGUUUUAUUGUGGGUAUAAUCUUUCGGUAUAAAAAUAAAAUUUUGGGAUAUAUAUAGUUGUUGAACGUGCAUUGCACGUCCUAAAUGUUUUGUAGAGAAAAGUGCGGGUGUAUUGGUGAAUAAAAAUAGGCUUAUGAUUCA